AUGAACCGAUUGCACUUGGUCAAAUAUACAACCCAGCCACUGGCCCUCGCAUCGCCUUCCAACAUCCCUCAGAAAUCUUUCCAGUUCCAGAUACCGAAGGUCAACCGAAACGAGAGUCAGAUUAGGAGAGUCGCAACCGAUCUUGGAAAGGCACUCUCUGCUCGUAAAUACCCAACUUUCUUGACAGACGAGAGGCCAAGCAACUUGGUCGACUAUGCCCUAACAACUAUCGACAAACUAGCCAAUUGGGGGCGAACAAGUUCCUUCUGGCCUGUAUCAUUCGCCCUUGCUUGCUGCGGCGUCGAAAUGAUGCACGUUUCAAUGCCACGAUAUGAUCAAGAACGUCUUGGAAUCUUCUUUCGAGCCUCUCCACGACAAGCAGACGUGAUGAUAGUAGCAGGAACCGUCACAAACAAAAUGGCCCCUGCUCUCCGGCAAAUCUACGAUCAGAUGCCCGAGCCACGCUGGGUCAUCAGCAUGGGAUCUUGCGCCAACGGCGGAGGCUACUAUUACUACAGCUACAGCGUCGUACGGGGAGUUGACCGUAUUCUUCCAGUCGAUAUUUAUGUUCCUGGGUGCCCUCCUACUGCCGAGGCUCUCAUGUAUGGUAUCUUUCAGCUUCAUAGGAAGAUUCGGAGCAGCAGGAAGUCUAGGAUCUGGUAUCGAAAGAAAUAG